AUGGAGAGUACACACCCAACAGCAGCUGCUCCAUCUACUUCUAAUACAAGCCAUCUCUACGCCUGGACACCUGCCGUCCCUUCAACCGGUCCGAACAGUAUCACAGGAUCUCCCGCACGACACCCAAUCGACGCCUAUUCGGAUUUGCCUCUCAAUGCAAUCAGCACCGCGGGCUUUGCGGCUGUCGGUGCAGAUCCUAUUGAUUGGGGAGCGUAUAUUGCCUUACCGCCGGCUGCAACACCAACCCCCUCUGGAAUUUCGAUUCUACCUCCUCCACCGCCGCCUUCACUCGCCCAAGUCGCUCAGGCCUCUCCACUCGUUGCUCCUCCUCCACCAGAAGGGAUGAAACCAAGAGCAGCCACAUUGUCCACGAACCCUGUUCGGCCGCCGCUACCUGUGCGUGCUGCGAGCAGCAACGCUAGUCUGAAUGGUGGAGGAUCUAGACUCGAGAUUCCAAGACCAUUGAGUACAAAACCACUCAAUGAGUCGGAAGGGAGGAAGACACAACAAGAUGGGAAGCGGUCGGAUGGGAAACCAAGACGGCAGCUCUCUGUUUCGUCCACCGGGAUUGCCGACUACCUCAGAGACCAACGAGACGGCGCGAGGAGUCCUACCGUCUCUGAGCGUAGCGUGGGGAGUGGGAGCAUGAAGAGUCCUCGAUUACCUCCCAAUACUCCAGGUAGUGGCGAACGGCCAGCACCAAAGCUUUCUAUCCCCUCUGCGCCGCAUUCUCCUCCUCAUUAUCACGGUCGCGAACAUGCGCAUGGAUAUUCGCCGUACCAACAUCCCAAUCCGGCUCGUAGUGCUCGAGGAGCUGGGACUGCAUCUCCCAUGGCCGCGCCUCCACCUGUACAGCGCUUGGGUGCUAUGAAGAAUGUCCCGCCGACGUUGUGGAUGUCGCCUUCGAAUCCGAAUCCGCCUAGUGUAGCCGAGCCUGCGAUUACAGGUGGUCAUUUUUCGCCCACAAAGCUUCGUCACGACGACGGUAGUACGGGGAGUGAUACUCAAUAUGCAACUCAGGAAUAUGCGUUCCCACAGAACAUGUACUCUGGACAUUCUUUCACGACAAUGCAGCCACCUCCCAUGUCUCCAUCGUAUACCAGUGCAAGCGUUGCCUCGCCGGCAAUGACGCCUGGGUCCGCGUUUGUUACAUCUCCUAGUGCUGGUGGGAUGACCCCUAGCGCCGUAUUCUCAUCCUCGACAUCACCGAAUAACAUGCUUCCGCUUACAUCCACCUCUCCCAACAUGGGUCUACCCUCGACAUCCACGUCGCCUGGCAUGACCUCUGCCACGACGAAUACCACGCAGAGCUGGUUUACUGGUGCCAGUCCCGCGCUUACGGCCACGAGUAUGACCAGCGUUAGCGCUCAUCCAGGCUCGGGUUCGUAUUUUGGAGCUACCACGGGUUCAAUUCAACAGCAUGUACCCUAUACACCGGAACAACUUGGUUAUCCAGGCAGUGCAAGUACUCAAGAGCAACAAUAUCGACUGUAUGCGCAGCAGCAAUAUGAACAGCAGAGGAGACAAAUGGCGGAACAACAAGGGCUAGCCCACUACCCGACAGGAUUGGCGCAGGGACAAGACGACAUGGCGAGCACACCCGGUCCAACAUCGAGCUCCAAUGCCGAUACUCCCGGUUCGGACUCGAACCGAACGCAAGCGAACACUCCGAGGAAUGCGCCUACUCCCUCUGCCGGCGCAGUAGCCGGAUCCGAUGCGUCUAUGGAACGAUUUACCGCGGCUAGGUCACCACUCUCCCAAGCCGAGACACCUCAGCGGCGUGGUGGUGCUAGUAGUGGUGGUGGAGCCAACUUGAAGCAGACAAAGCAGCAAGUGGGAUUGGCCGAUAUUUUGGCGGACGACUUUUAUGCGGCGGCGCUCAGCCGACGACGGGGGAGUUUGGCACCGACGACGUCGUCUGUGAUGAAUACGCCUGCGAUGAGCGUCAAGUCUCCUGGGAUGGAUAAUCAAAUGACGCCAAAACUGGAUAUGCGCACGAUGAUGAGUCCGAAUCAGCGUGGGUUGGCGCUCGAUACGCAUGUGCCUAUGAGCGCAUUUGGACACGCUUCGAAUGAUGCAUCCUUCAGUCCUGGUAUGGGUGUGGGAGGGGAAGAUGACGAGUCGUCGAGGCUUUCGCGCGAGGAUCCGUUGGCGACACAGGUGUGGAAGAUGUAUGCGCGUACCAGGGCUAGUUUACCCCACGCGCAACGGAUGGAAAAUUUGACGUGGCGUAUGAUGGCCAUGGCGCUUCGUAAACAUCGAGAGGCGUCGGCGUCUGCGUCGGGGAUGGCUCCGUUGAUGAAGGCCGAUGUCAACUCACAACAGCGGACGAGUGGCGCUGGACAACAGGCUCUGGACCCUCAGAGUGCGGCUCAGAUGGCGGCUGCGCAGGCGCUCCAAGUCGAAGAAGCAGAUACACUCAAGCCACUUACGGUAGACAAGCAGACAAAGAUGCGUGUGGAGAAGAAGACGAUGCUUUCGCCUGGGUCAGAGGAUGAGCGUGGAAGGGCGGUGGAUAAAGGACGAAAGGCAAAGAUGCGCGUUGAAGGGUUUCAUACCGCGGACGGAAGUCCUGGGCAAGAAGAGGCGGAUGACAUUGCAGAUGGCAUGGAUUGGCGUGCUGCGUCGCGGUCGCGGUCGCGUGCGCCAAUGGAAUGGCGUGCUACCUCGCAUAGUCGAUCGCGAUCACGACCUCCGUUGGCGUUGAACAUGGGAAAUAUGUCGUACCAGAUCAAUGCCGGCUUUACACCUCAACAACCUCUUAUGGGUGGAUUCACGAUGGGCGUGCAGUCUGCGUCGAUGGGACGAGGGAUUCGUGAACCCGCGACGUGGGAGCCACAAACGUUUGAACAACCGACGACGUCGACGACGGGUGCAGACAAGGAACAGGCCGCUCCGUCUGCUGCUAUUGCGAUUCCGAAAAGUUCGUCUUCACCUGCUCAGCCACAAGAGGACGGAGAAGAGGAACAAGGUGGGGUCGGCAAGGCUGUUGGGUCUGUACCGCCUGGACCAUCAAGCGUGUCGCUCUUGACCAAGAGUCUGCAAAUGUUCUCCGAGAGUCCACCGAGCUCGGGUGUCGACUUUUUCCGUGGCCAUUUUGCGCCGCCCCCUGGUGUUGUCGUUCCGCACGUCACGCUCACCGAGUCGUUGCGGGAGAGAGGGAUCGAUGUCGAUGGAGGAGCUCCAGUGCCGCCGUCUGUUAUGGCACGAAGAGCGUCGCAGCCAGCGAUUCACCAGCCACUUGCGUUUGCAGAGGAAAACGGACAGCAAGACCAUCAACCACCGCAAUCGGUUGAUCCAGCUGUAUCGGCUGCGCUUGAUGAUUUCAUCUCUUCGUCUUUACCGGCAUAUCAUCAUCCGCUCUAUCAGUUCCAACAACUUGCGAGUCCGACGGCGGGUGAUGGACAGUGGCAGGGCGAGAUGCGUGGCGCGCUCCCCGAGGGUUUCCCCCGGCGUGUGAGAAAGACGAGCUUUGAUCAUACGGUUGCGAAGAAUGCUGGAGAGGAGUCGCAGAAUCUCACGGGGCGACAUCAGAUUGAUGGACGGCCAAUGCCUCCUCCAUCAGAGCCACCGAAACGACGUGAACUCAAUGAAGAAGGUUUACAUAGCCAUCAAGCAUUCUUCUCGCAUCCUCCUGGUCUUGGUGGCGAGCCGACGUCGACUACGGAUUCAGCAAGUCCAUAUCCAAAUACCAAUUAUGCCUUUUCGCUCCCUGACGCGGAUCGCCUGUUUAUGAACACGGACAUUGCCUCUACGAUACCCUUUUCUCGCGUUGGGAUUCCUGGCGUCGACUUUCCAUUUGGCCACUCUCUGGGAAGGACGUCAUCUGUCACUGGACCUGUCGAUUUCCCCUAUCCUCGCACCGAAGCUCCACCACGGACGGGCGACGAGUUUGAUUUCCAGUCGUAUGGGCUUGGUGGAGAAGACGUCGACCCGACGGUGGAGAUUGCAACUGCAGCAGCAGCGGCCGCGAUUGAUGAGAGUGUAGAACGAUUUGCGACGGCAGCGUCUGGAGGUGCCUAUGUGCCUCCUGGAUCGUUUGACGAGGCGUUUGACCCGGUUGGGAUGGGGAUGCGCAUGUCGGGUGGCAUCUUUUUCCCAACGGGGAGCUAUACUGGCGACUCGAUCUCGCACUCGAUGGCGCAUCUCGGUGGACAACAGCCUCUCGGUCCUGGAAGCGCCCCGGCGUCUGCGUUUACGGUCGACCCUACACUCUUGGGUUCUUCUGGUAUGCGUGAUCCAGCCGAGUGGAGUAUGGCUGCUGCUGCGGCGGCUGCGUCGAUGAACCGGGCCAAUACGGGCAAGAGCGCGUCGACGUCGAAUGUGUCUUCUGAACCUGGUUCGCUCAACAACUCGACGCUCGAGGGUCCACCUGGGAAUAGAAAUUCGGGUGCGCGACGAUCGAGUGUGAGCGGGAACACGGCUCGACGGACGUCGACGGGUACGGUGGCCGCGGCGGGCAACUCGCAUUCACGCAAGAAGAGCUCGAGUGGGACCCUUGCGCCUGUAUCCAGCGACAAAAAGGCCGAGGUUUCCUUUACGGAAAAGAGUGGCUCGACGGGAGCGAAUCCCGAGGGUGAUGAUGGGCAGACGAUGUGCACGAAUUGCAGUACGACGACGACGCCACUCUGGAGACGAAAUCCAGAAGGGCAACCGCUUUGCAAUGCCUGUGGGUUGUUCUUUAAACUCCAUGGUGUGACGAGACCGCUGUCGCUGAAAACGGACGUGAUCAAAAAGAGAAACCGAAAUGGCGCGACGCUGACGAAUCCGUCUCGAAAGUCGACCACUUCUACACUUUCACGCGCCAGUACAUUGUCAAAUCCACGUCGGACGUCUCUGACCAGUACAUCCGCGGCGGCGGCAGCGGCCGCUGCGGCGCUGGCUGGUGGCGCGGCGAGUGGAGGCUCCUCGCAGCUCCCUGGAACAAGACCUCUUGCGCCCAAUGCAAGCUCUACACACUCCCACUUGCCAGAGCUUCGGCCUUCACCGCCUGGCCUAGGCAAUACGUCUGCUGUACUGACGAGUCAGAAGAGAGUACGCAAGACGUCGAGUGGCCUUGUUGUUGGUUCUUCGACGACGGAAAGCACUCGAGCGUCUUCCUCGGCGACCCCACCGUCGGCGAGUGGCGAGGCCGUUCCGAGCUAA